GCUAAUUCUCUAUAACUUCAAAAUAAAAAUGCAAAGACAUGAUAUCAUCAUCAAGCUUCUCCUUAUCAUCUGCCUCUUCCUCAGCAGAAUCCUGACUCGGGAAUGCCGAGAAGUCCAUUUCAAGAUUGGACCUGAAAAGAUCAUCACAAAACCGAAUUACGGUAGAGUGAUACCAACUUGGGUUGAAGAGAAAAAGUGGCAUAAGCACCCAUCCGGACCUAACCCAACAGGAAAUCGCCACCCACCGGACAACCCUUGAGUCAAUAACAGAACAGUUGUUCCCAGCAAAAGAGUCUUAUAAGUCAAUGUCUAAUAGUAUAUCUCUUUAGAAGAUGUAAUAAGGAGUGAAGCAGCUUAUACGAGGGAGUGUAACGAGUGUUACUUAAAAGUUGCAGAUCCAAUGUGUGUUUUAAACAUAUGUACUCUAGUAAACAACAUAUAUGUUUAAUUCGAUGAAGAUAAAUACAAAAGAAGAGGUUUUUUAUUAA